AGAAAAGCACUUUGAAGUGGUGAUGCAUCUUACAUUUAUCUUCGUGAACGCAUUUAUCUUCCUGAUUUAUCCAGGUAACACAGAAAACGCAGUUUUCUUUGAAGACGUGUUAUUUUGAAGUGCACUUAGAUGUUAUGUUUAUGAUUUUCUAUUAGAUUAUCCUUUAUACGUUAGAAAUUAGCGUCGAGUUUAUAGUAGCUUUCGUUGACAAGGUCUAACUGAUUUGUCAGGAGAAAUAUGUUUUGUUGAAACAGGACGACCGAACUUUCUGCUUUUCUACCAUUUGUCAUCUCAAUGUGUCUGUAAUAUCACCACAAGUAUGCAAAUUGCGCAAAAUAUUUUCUUUACGGCUACGAAAAAACAUCUUUAUUGAUUUCUGAGCAUUUUUAAGAAAACUUUCAGCUUUUAUCGUGAAGCUUUACUGAGACGAAAAUGACAGAAAACCUUUGUCUUGCGAAUGAGAGCACUUGGCAUGAGAUAUAUAUUGAUUUCGAAAGCUGCCUGACUGUUAAGCUUUCAAAUGAUGUUCUAAAAUUUAAUCUCAAUACCUAAGUUCAUUGCGAUUGUAAAAGUUAUUACAUUUAAUUGAGAAGUUUGAACAAGAUUCUGUUCCACGAGCCAUGUGAAAUCUCUGUUACUCAUUUCUGUUAUUGCUAAGAGUGAGUUAGGGGGUAACAAGCAAGAAAAGUCACUCUUUUAGCUUAGAAAAGCAGUAUUUUACUGAAGGGAUCACAAGCAGCUUCGGUAAACUUUAUUAACGCAGAUCAAAGAAAAAUAGUAAAAAUUUUGAUCGACCAGAUAUGAUUUUGUUUUAUAAGACAAUGUAUUGGCGUUAUUAAUGAUUUAAUUUCGUAGUUCGUAUAUUUGGGAAUCAGAAUCAGAGAUAAUCUCCCAUUGGCUGAAAUUUGCUCGCAGUUGCAUGAAGAAAAUUAAAAAUUCUAUUAGACACGAGAAGACAAAAAUUUAGGUAAGGUGGUUUGUACUUUUUAAUUUUUUAUUUGAAAGGUAAAGCAAUUAAAAAUAGAAAUUUUGGACAAAUGGAAAGGGAAUUCAAUUGUGCUUUGAGAAUGUAGUUGAAAAUCGAUAACUGUUAUUUUUCGUUCGGUAGGGGGUCAAAUUGGUUAAUGAAAAUUCCCGCUGUUUUUAAACUUUUCUUUCAAGAAGCAAUUCAUGCAAACCAUUGAUAUUCCGGUAACAAAGCAAACUUUGACAUUCUUUCUUUGGAAAAGUAAUUUGUUUAAUUUUUAAGCUGUUUCAGAAGAUUGAUUAUUUUUCUCGAUGGAUUGAAAUUUGUGCAAACAUCUAUUCUGAUGGAUGAUUGCAUCCCAGCAAAAACAGUGUGUCGCCGUCUAUGAUUUGACAAUAUGCAAGUGGCGAACCGAUGAAAAUCAAUUUUCACCUAAAUACCAACAAGGGAAACCCUGGCUUAUUUAUGUUUCAAGUUUCAUUACUGAGAAUCGAAGAUGCUGACGAUCAUAAGAUCGUUAUUACUAGCAGAUCAGUUCUGUUUAUGGAAUGUCAGCAAACUUAGUGUUUUUGUUAUAAAAUUUCAUUUUUUUUUGUCGGAUGCAAUAUGAAAAGGUAUUUACUCUCCUUUCGAAAAAGUUAUUUUGCGCUACUUUAAAAUAAUCAUUUUACUAGACGCAAUCCUUUUUGAAAAUAGCAAUCAAAAUAAGGUAAAUAAGUAACAGAGAUAUUUGUCUGUCACAUUGACCGUAGAUUGUCCUGUAAACCGCUGAAUCAUUGGUUUUGUUUGAUUCUUUUUGAAAGCCAAUUGUACUUCUCUAAAAAUCAUUUUUCUGUGCACGGUAAUCAUUUCAAUUCACUUAAAAAGUUGACAUGUCCAGUUGGAAUACUGUUGACUGUAAUGAUUUAUUUACGCUACUGGGGAAAUUUUUCAGAGAGAAACAUGCAUUGCAUGAGAUUCUGGAAUGUUCCCCUACCUGAAUUACCUCGCGGGAGUGUGGCAUGUUUCCGUUUAAUUUUUUGGUUUAGUCUAUUUUUCAUUUGAAACGAGACCACCCAGUUUUUACUCUACCUCAGUCAAGGCAUUGAUCGUGAGCUCAUAAAUUUCUUAGUUUUUGAAAAAGAAAUGGAGAAAUGGAGAGCUUAUAUAUGGCAGUAAUAGGCGCAAUUCAAUUAGUAUAGGUAAUAGCAUGAUUUGUAGUGAUAUUUGGCAUAAAUACCACGAGUGAUAUUUCGAAAUUGUUAUACCUAAACAAUUUUGAAAUAUCACGAGUGGUAUUUAUGCCAAAUAUCACUACAAAUCAUGCUAUUAUUUGUUUAUACUACUACCCGCAAAAGGUUUGUAAUUUUCACAUGUAGGUAUUUCAAAUUAAGCUGAAAUACCACUGCUCUAAGCCAAUCAAAUUGCAGUAAUUUUUCGUGUAGUAGUAUAAUGUAUUUAAUUGGUACGUACAUGUACAGAGUUCCUCGAAGGCACCACCGUGGCGCGGUCUCCAUAUUGAUUCCUGUAUUAUGGAACUACUUUUUGAAAAAUAACGCAUGUAAAAGAAAUCAUAUAAAACUGAGACUUGGAAAGUAUUUUAACAUAUUAAAAUUCUGUUACCGUAUCAUUUUAGAUUUCCUCGCCUUUUGGUGUUUUUCAUUAAAUGUAGCUGUGAAAACAAGCAAUAAUUGGUUCAAAAAGUGCGAAGGCAACUUUUUCUCGAAAAACUCUUCGUGGCCUUCAUUUUCACGGUCUUCUGAUAUGAUAUAAUAAGAAAGACGACGAUUUUGAAGUUGCCACACGGAUUGGAGCAUGACGCAACUUGGAACCAUACGACGUCAUACGUAUAACACCAACUUACCGUUGAUUAAGACAUUUUUGAUGCACUAUUGGCUCACUAAAGCCUCCCAAUUUCAGCCUAACCUGAGCGCAGUCACGAUAUAUUAAUCGUUACUUUGAAACGUAAAAAGAAGGAGAAUUGGUGUUCAUUAAAUAUUAAAUAUCUACGCUAAAUAUUACCUCCACCAGUAAGUGUUUUCUAAUAAGUUGUUGUUGUACUGAUCAAUUUACAGCCAAAGGACUAUCUUACGUGGCUUUUAACGCCAGUGUAAUUAGUGAACCUAUCACCAAUACUACUGACAGUAAUGGUAAGCCCAAUUUUUUCUAAAAUUGUUAGUUAGUGUUGGUGUUUUUUGUGUGACAUACGUAUUUGAUCUAUUCCCAUUCCCAAAUAUUCCUGCGUUUUCAAAAAAACUUGAAUAAUUGACACUCGAAGCUAUCUUAAUAUUCAAAACAAUGCCAUAGCGUUGUACAUAUGGAUGUUAAACUGAUUUUCGCCUUCCAAUUGUGUCUAAGUUGCAGACGCGGGGUUGGUGCAAGACGAUGAUGAUGAACUCCGGUUGGUUAGGGAUCUUUUUGAACACUACGACAUAAACGUACGCCCUACGGCUGAGAAGGACUUGCCGAUUGUAGUCAAAUUUGGGAUUGCUUACACCCAGAUUGUCGAUUUGGUAAUUUGAUUUGUAUUAUUUGCCUCUUUUGAAUAAUAUAUUUGUGGUUUGAUUCGUCUAUUUUAACCCGCUGUAACUGUUCAAGAUUUCCCUAAAGACACUUGAGCUAUACUUAAUGUUGUUUAACAAAUCGACCACAAUUUUCUAUAGUGUACGCAGACUCUUACAGACCAUAGAAAUGACGUUAUUAAAUUUUCAAAACUCAAGUGGAACCAUGAGCCGCAGGUGAGUGGUUUCACUGCAAAGUUUUGAACAUUUUAUGGCGUCAUUUCUAUGGUCUAUAAGAGUGUAGAUCAUGGAAAAUUGUGGUCCAUUUGUUUUUUACAACAUUUAUUUUUCUUCGAAAAACCAAAAAUCAACAUUCCAUUUUCUGAGGCAAGCAAUUACUAAGAGUGUAUUAUUAUUAUUCUUUAUUAAGCGUUGUAAAUAAUGAACUCGCAUUAUUAUCUAGUUGGUUUCUCCGCCCUUAUAACGUUGAACGUGAGACCUCUACCAGAUCCUUUUUCUAUGUUUGCUGUGUUUAUUCCCUUUUAUUUUUCUGUUAGUCAAGGUAGCGGUUUUUGCCCAUAACGUGGUAAGGUACUAUCUCGUGUGCUUCAUUUCAUAGAUCGAAAAAGACCAAGUCCUUGUAAGCAAUAUCUGGGUCAGAAUGGUGAGUAACAUAUAUUUAUCUGCUGUUAAAGUGUACACUGCAAGACCCGCGAUAUUCGAUGUUGCUGGACUGAAAAUAAUAUCGAAUUCCCCCUGGGUUUUCCCCUGCAGUGAGUGAUCUUUUUACAGUCCGCUUUGGUCUCCCUUUGCACGUCACUGUCCAUGCUUCCACCUUAAUGGAAUUGCAGGUCUUUCAGUCGUCAAAAAAAAUUAAAGGACACAGUCAAUUUCAACAGGAAAUACCCCAAUGUAAUUAUAACAUUUCUUGAGUGUAACAGCUCCACAUAAAAGGAUACCUGUCUUUGUUUUUCUUUUUAUCUUAUCAGAGUUGGCACAAUCAUCUAUUAAAGUGGAACUCCUCAGAGUAUGGUGGAAUCAAGACGAUUAACCUCAACCCCUUGAAAGUUUGGCGUCCUGAUAUUGUCCUGCAUAACAAGUAGGCCAGUCAAGAACCAUUCUCCGAGACCCGGGAGCAGUCAGUCGAGUGUGGCUCACUGAGAAAAAAAUCCCUCUGUCAAAUUUACCGAACGAUUUAAGCUGUCUCUUUGCAGGAAUUUUCCUUGUUAAGGGGGCAUUCUGGUUGUUUCUUUGGGGAAACUGAUAGGUUUGAUUUGAGAAGUAACGAAAUUAGGGUAGAAUUGGUAUAAACAUAAACCAGUUAGUCAGCUAAUGAUCUCAGGGGCACCUUAUUGUGGUUGUGGAAUAUGUGGUGGUAUUUUCCAUAAUUUUCAACUGACGACAUCCCCACACCAUUUCUUUUCAUUCAAAACAAUCUCACACAUUCAUUGAACCAAUAAUUACAACCUUAUGGAGGAGCCAUUUUUGACUGAAUUAUAUUGUGGCUAGGUUUGAAAGAAAAAGGGAAGAAAAAGUGAAAAACAGUUAAGGCUUUUGACCAGAAUCCCCCUUGAUAUUGUAAUCCGGAUCUUGUCGCUGAUCUCAGCCCGCCCGGCUGUCUGUUCCAGGAUGUGGAAGUUCAAAAAUACCUUUGCUUAGCGAUAUACAUUAAACUUUCUUUUUUAUAUGCUUUACAGUCGCGGAGGUGAUCAAAAUAUCUCAUCGCCCCUAGUGAGAAGGGCAUAUUGCUGUGGAAAUUCGAAUUUUGAAGUCGAUCUAAGCUAACAAGAAAAUUCAUUUUAAAUCUUCCCCGUGUUAAGUAUGAUUCAUUCCACCCGGCAGUUCUGUUCAUCAUAAAAUCGUUCAUGUUGUUGUGGUUAUUAAUUUUAGUGCUGAGGAGACACUUCCAAGCGGAAACCUUUAUAAUUUCAAAAACCGAAUCAUCCUGACAUCUGAUGGAGGAUGUACAUGGUACGCUCCCACAAUUCUUCGCAGUGGAUGCAACAUCGACAUAACCUACUUCCCUUUUGAUGAUCAGUUGUGUGAGUUAAAGUUCGGAUCUUGGACUUACAACGGUUUUGAAGUAAAUAUUGUGCAAAUGAGUGACAAGGCAGAUCUCAAGUUCUACAUGGAAAGCUCUGAGUUUCAGCUCAUAUCUGCAAAAGCUCAAAGAAACGUGGUGACAUACAGGUAAAUCCUUUCUUGUAAGUAGUGGAGAAUUAAAAAAGAAGUUCUUGAAGGCAUAGGGCGAAAAUUUCCCUCCUUUCUUUAUUUAAUGUAAAAGAGUAGUUUUAGUUGUAAGCGGACAGAGCUUAACUUUGACUUUUAUACAUCACAAGGACAAGACAAGAAAAAGUUGCGUAACGAUAAAUGGUUUAUAAUGCCAUUUUUUUGUAACCCAUAAGUGCUGUCAAGUAACUGCUAUUACUGCUUGAAGACAGGUUACCCGAGUAAUGCCUAGUAUAAACUUUGGGGUUUUCAGUUUUGUUAACUUUGUUAUUAAUAUAUCUAUAAAACUGUGCUUAUCGCAAACAAUAUCACGAAAGAUUGCAGCCCAGGUUAGGAGAACAGUCACCUACUCAUAUUAAAAAAAAUAUAUAUAUAACGUUUAUACUUACAUUCAAACUUACAUCUACAAAACGUAUUUUAUUAAACCUUGGUCUCAAAGGGCAGGCCCCGCCCGAAAGGAACUCGUUUUUCAGGCCUCAGUGUAUUUGAAAGGAUUGGGAUCUUAAGAGUUGAAGUAUUUGAAAGGCUAAGAAACACAGUCUGUUUGGCGAUUCUUCAUAGACGCGCCAGUCCAAGGGUUUAGAAAGGGAAAGCAGUGUUUUUACGUAACUAUGUACGUGAACGGGGUACCGUAAGGUGACGGGUUGGACCUCGAGGCGGAGCCCUCCCGUAUAAACAUUUGUUAAGUAUCUUUCACUGGCUUUCUCUUUGGUUAAACAGCCGGCCCUCCUGCUGAUUGUAUGCUUCCAAAAUGAAACGGAAUUUGUAGUCGACUGUUCACAAAAGUGUCUCCGUGAUAAUAAAUUACAAAACGCAACCCCUUACUUACAAAACAACACGAUAGUUCAUACUUUUCCUUUAUAAAUUUGCACUAAUGUAUACUCCUUCGGUCUUAGGUAUGAUCUCUGCACUCACUAUAAGGAAUUGUUGUUACUAAUAUUUUUCGAAUUUGUUCAAUCUUGCAAAGAAGUGUUUGAUAAUUGAUUUAUUUUUGAAUUUUUCGCAGUUGAUUCUUUGCUUGUAGUACUUUAUUGUCAAACACAGCUGCACUGGCACAUAAAUAGAAGCAUUUUACAAUAUAAUGUUUUGAAUCAUUUUGAAAGUUUAUAACAAGGGUUAAACUAAACAGAGUCACUGCACGUGGGUUCCUCGACACAGCACCGUGAAUUGCACACUGCAAAGGGCAUGCAAAUGAACGGUAACGUAUAUGUUCUAUUACAUACAGCUGUUGCCCAGAGCCGUACCCUGACGUCACAUUCAAUCUUCAUCUUCGCCGAAAACCGGGGUUUUUUCUCUACAAUAUCAUCAUUCCUUGCUUAGUAAUAGCAGCACUUGCAGUGCUGACGUUUGUGCUGCCACCAGAGAUUGGGGAGCGAGUGACGUUGGUGAUCGAAUCAUUCCUUGCGCUGUCAUUUGUGGUGCUGAUGGUGUCGGAUAGCGUUCCUGUAACCUCUGACAGCUCGCCUCUUCUUACAAAAUUCUUGCUUAUUUCCAUGGUGGAAAUCGGAUGCGCACUUAUUUCAAACUGCAUCUCGCUGAAUCUCCACAGAAAGUAUCCGAUGCCACAAUGGGUGCGCGUGGUUUUUCUUCACUAUUUGGCCCGCUGCUUGUGCAUCAAAACAGGACACCCAAGAAAUAACAUAAACACGAAAAAACGUAAAGGAGGAGUCACUGAUCCACUGGUCGAAGCCAGAAAGCUCUCAGGGGCAAAACUGCUGGGCUCCUCCACAGGAUCUGCAGUAAAAAAUUGCGUUAUCCCACAUCGAGCCAAUCAAGACACCACAACCUCGUUGACAGAGGGACUAUCGGAGCUAGCACAGUUUGAGAUAAAUAAAGAUGAACACCAGGCGAAUCGCCAUUUUUGGAUCUUUGUGUCGCGGGUUGUUGAUCGCCUAUUGCUGUUGUUAUUUUCCAUAGCAUUUGUAUUUUCAUCUUGCGUCAUAUUUGCUCAAGUGCCAGAUCACUACAAUUUACUCAUAUAAAAUUAUCGUGUGAGUUCUACCAAAGCAAUGACAUGGAGAUCGUGAUUGGAUCUGUAGUACAACUGUCCCCCCGGAAAGGAGGAGUGUAGAUAUAAAUGUUCUCUUUAAGGCCACUGAAAGCCCUUAAUGUCCAGCUUUAGAUAACAUUCUCUGUUUGGCUAGAACAGUCUGAAAGAUAAGAAAUUGGCAAAUUACUGAUGUAAUUUGUUUAUGAGUGUCUAUAUUGUGUACAGUGAGAUUCAUGGACAUAAACUUCAGAAUUUCAGUGUUAAAACGAGUGAAGUGUGCAUGGGGUGUAUUCCACGACUACGCACAAUUUCAAAAGUCUGAAUUGUUGAAAUAUAAUUUAAGAAAACCUUUUAUUUCUUAAAGGAAAAUAACCUUUUAUCGACUUGGUGCGGUUCGACUUUGACUUGUCAAUCCUUUCCAUUACCAGUAACAUCUGAAAAGUUGACGUACUAUUCUUGUUAAAAUACAGUACUCAUAGAGAUAAAUUGUGACCAAAAUUACAUUCAGUGUUGAGCGUGUUUACUUAGCUAGAGUGCUUGGUAGAUAUUUUUUCUAAGGAACUUUAUGACUACUGGACAUGCGGUCGAGAACGUGUCGUGGGUAUCUUGUUUAAACUCUCUUACAGCUAAAAGGUUACACAAAAAAAUGGGGAAUAAGAGAAACAGAAAAGAAAGGCAAGGUAUAUGAUGAAUGACAAAUAUUUGAGACAAAUAUUCAAAACUUGAGUACAGAUAUUGGAAAACAUUCUGUUUUUUUUUUAAUUAUUAGUCAAGAAUAAAUAGAAACGAUAUCAGGCCGCUGUGAAAUCUAGAGGUCAAGGACAAAUAAUUGUGAAUGUAUCAAAUAGUUUUCUCGGCGGUUAAAUUUUAAUUCUUUUCCCUUUUUCCGUUUGCUUGAUAGUCUGGGAUUUUAUAUUCCUUCAACUUACACAGACGAAUUAUCCUAAAUGUUUUCCCAAUCAAAUAAAUCAUAUUUCUUACAUGAAAGAGGCUUCAUUGUUAAUUCAACAGUGAAUAGUUUGACGCAAUGCGUAGUCAGCUGGGUGAGAUUGAUUGAUUUGGUUAUACGAGUUUAAACCAUACGAUGUUGGACUCCCAAUACACCUUAUUAUCUCUUAAUGUGCAAUGCAUAACUCAUAAGUCAUAACAUAGUUAAAACCCUCCUACCGUUGCAGCUGUUAUUCUGCCAAUGAAGUCUUCAGGAAUUUGUUUAGUAGUAAACUUAAAACUAAAAUGAAAUAGCAAUCGAACUGCAAAACACAGCUGGCGUCUUCGCAGCGGCUUUUCUCGAUAUUUCUGUUCUUGUUAAAUCAGUAUUGGACAGUCUAUAUUUAAUUAUUGAAAACUACUCAACAUGCAACGGUAAAUUUCAGUUGCAGUUCAAAGAUAAGUCUAAGACUCCGUGACUACCCCUUAAAAAAAUAAAGGUAUUCAGUCUUUACCUUGUUUGGGGUGAAAGAUCACUGUUGUUUUGAUAUUUAUAAAAUGUUUGAACUUGAGUUUUUAAUAAUAAUUGUCUUUAAUAAUUGAUAUGCACACUCCAAAAUGUUUGAAGUUAUUGGUCAGAGAAUUUUAUCGGCGACUUUUUGAUCACUGUAUUUUUCGCCACUUGUUCCUUGAUGUGUUCAGUGUAUUCUUAUACUCAAUUUUCAGACUAAACAGAAAUCACUAACAAUUGGGAAAAAGUCACACACCAGGCAAAACAUCGAGGCACGACAAAUCAAUAAAUGAUAUUUUUUUUAGAAGAAAUUUUCCAAAAUGAAAGCUCCGUAAGUUCGGAAAUGAUGCAUAUGUAAUUCAGCUCACUAACGUCUGGUCCUGGGCACUCCCACUUUGACUUUUCUAUCGAGGUUAAGAGCUUUUAACUUGACUCCAUAAUUUUUCAGUAUCCAGUUUCCUAGUAUCAGGCGCCACCUUUCUUUAUCAUAUAUUUAAUGGGCGGUAUUCUUUACCACUUCCAAAAAUUUUUUUAAGAUAAUUAAAAUAUACAAAAUCCUAUAAUUCUGUCACCUCCAAAGUUUCUUUGUAAUUAGAAUAAAUCUGUUAAUUUUAAGUGACUGUAUGAUUUAUUUUGGCAAAAGAGAGAGAAUUUAUGAUAUGGUUACAAGAAAAAAAGAAAUUGAAGUGACCGUACUUUUAAGGUCAGUUUUAGUGCUUUUCGUUUUCUUGAGACUUGUUAGAUUAAGUGACUUAGAAACAUGCUACAAAAACACGAGAAUGAAGGAAGGUGCUCAGAACCCUUAAUUUUCCCGCAAAAGAAAAAAAAGUGAAUAAAGAAGCCAAACGGUUCUGAAGUCAAAAUUGGAAAACAGCGCGUGCAGGUAGAUUAUCAAAAUGAGUAAAAGUUAAAUCGUACAUAUUAGAGAAUUACUGUGACUUACGAGAUGAAGAGACUUCGGUUGAUAACAAGCAACAGAGACGGUCGACAAUAAAGGCUCUCGGAACUCUUACGUGCGACCUUAUUUAGCACAUAAAUGUGUUAAAGUCAACUUGAAAGAAGCGUGUGUAGAUAGGUGAUCAAACUUAAUAAAAUUUGUAGCUCUCUAUCAAAGUAUUACUGAGACGUACCAGAUGAAGAGACUGGAUAACAAGAUACAGAGACGGUCAACGAAUAAAGGCAAUCGAAACUUUUACAUUCAACUUCAUUUAGCACAUAAAUGUUUUAAACUCAAAUGGAAAGCAAAACGUGCAGAUAGGUUAUUGGAAUAAAUAAAAGUUUUAGCUACAUGUUAAAGUACUACUAAGACGACUUACCAGAUGAAGUGACUGGAUAACAAGCUACAGACACCGUCAACGAUGAAAGUGCUCAAAAACUUUACACCGAAGUUUAAAACAUCGUGAACAAACGCACUGUUAACGAGGGCCGACACGACGUUGCAAACAGAAAGGCGACUUGUACAGGUAUGUUAUUGACUUGCGAUACCUUUGUAACAUGUAAUACUGACACUUUAGGAAUACUUUAGGAAGAGCUUAAAGAAGACGACCUUUUUUUAGAACGAAAAAUUGAGUGACAUGUAGACGUGCGCACCUCUCGCGAUAGAUUUUUCGUUAUAUUAAAUAAAUAAUUUUUAUGAAUAGUUGAUUCUAAAAUUUUAUCAUACGGUGGCAUAAUUUGAUGCUUUCCAAUUAAAUGUGAGUUUUGAGGUUUUGUAAGUAAAGGAAAGGGUAGGGAUGCAUGCUAGUGUUAACGAACCAGCCUAUGAAAAAUCAGUCCUUCAACUUGCUGUUUUAUGAAAUCAUUACAAAUGAAAUUUGAAUUUUGAUUCCCUCAAUGAAACCAUUUGUUCAAUUAAGAUUUAUUUAUUCGACAAAUUGUCGUCUGGUUUCUCUAGCAAAGCCACUGGGAGCUGGACGCUAUGCAUUCAAUCAUCAGUAGCGACUCCCUAGGAUUCUCUAACAAAGCAACGCAUAGAAUGAAAUUUUUUUGCUCUCUUCAUUCUUACUGAGAUUUUGCGUAGCACGAAAAUGGUCGCUAUUAGUUGAUGAAAGGGGAAAAAAAAGGAGGGGGGACGGAUAGGUAAAUUAUCGUGCAGAGAACAAUUACAGAAGUAAACCAAAAAAAUAUCAAAUAAAUCAAAUCAAGUCCAGUCACUGGAUCAAAAAAUACAAGAACACAUUGAUUAUUUCUUCAAAUAUCUUCUUUGUUUUUAAAUCUGAAAAACUGAACCAAAUUAAACCGAAAUCAAGUAAACAAGCCAAAAGUAAACCUUUACACGACAUAUUUGAGUAGUAGUAUGGCAAUUAAUUUCAAUAGCCCGUGCUAACAUAUCCAAAAUAGUAUAUAUUACGGUUACUAGAUGACAUUCCUUUCUUGAUAUACUAACUGCCUUUUUUUCUUUUUUACUUUUCUCUCUUUCCUCUUGCUUUUAGCUGCUGUCCUGAGCCUUAUCCUGAUAUAACAUUCUAUAUCCGCAUGCGCCGUAUUCCUGGCUUCUUCCUCUUCAACAUCAUCAUUCCCUGCCUUGUCGUCACUUCUUUUUCUGUCUUCACUUUCGCUUUCCCACCGGAAUUCGGCGAACGCGUGACUCUUGUAAUAGAAGCGUUCCUGACCAUCUCUAUCGUCAUCCUCAAUGUUGCCGGCAGUAUUCCAGUUACCUCAGAUGCUUCGCCCAUUAUUGUAAAGCUCUUGUUGGCCAACAUGUUUCAGAUAGGCUUUGCUCUCAUUGCCAACUGUGUUUCUUUAAAUAUGUACAAGAAGACAGAGAUGCCGCAGUGGGUUCGAGUGUUGUUUCUCCAUUACCUUGCGAGAAUGCUUUGUAUCGACACUGGUUAUCCCAAAGCCGAUGUGAGGAAAACCAGACGAGUAGAUGUCAGGGUAAGAAAUAAAAAAUUUCUGAAUCAAGUUUAGGGUUUUGAGCAUGUUACCAGUUCACUGAACAUAGGAAGAAAGGUCGAUCGCUACCGUAAAUUGUGUCAAAGUCUAGUCUCUGAGCAGGCGGUAUUUUUGUACAAAACUGAUGGGGUAGCACACAAGGUACGUGAGCCGAGAGGGACACCUGUUACCUGCUAAAUAGAGAGGAGUGUGACGUCACGUUACCUUGGUAACAAAGUUUUUAAUUUGAUCCUAUGCUUAUCAGUUCAAUUUAAUCAUUUAAAUGAAAUGCCUGGAGGAUUGAACUUGCUCUCAAAUAGACUGAAUAAAUAUGUCCAUGAAUGGAUUAAACAUGUUUCCGUUUUUGGAUUGCAUUAAUAUUUCUAUCAGUGAUUGGAUUUAAUAGAUAUUUGGGUGAUUGGAUUGAACAAAAUAUUUCAGAGAUUGGAUUCAAUAAAUAUUUCAGAGACUGGACUGAAUAAAUAUUUCGGUGAUUGUAUUGAAUGAAUAUUACAGAGACUGGAUUGACUGAAUAUUUUGUCAUGAUUAAAUUCAACGGAUAAACGUAGGAUUAAAUUAAAUGCUUUUUGGAUAGUCUUAAACAUAUUUGGACGAUUAAAUUAAAUGGCGUUAUGAUAAAAUGGUUGGAUCAAUUUAUUUAAUUUUACUACAAACGGCUUGCCAUACCAGGGAAGAGAGGCAGCCAGUCGGCUGAUCAGCAUUAAACAGAAAUAAGUUACAGGUUAGCGUGAUAAGUGAUGCAACAUGCACACGUAAAAAGAAAAAAAGAAAGAGAAGAGGAAAAACGCUAUUUCUACGCUAUUAAGGAACUGUCUAAAAUAGUUAAAUUUAUAUCUGAAUACAAAACAUUAAUAAAAGAAGAGCACACAAUAGCUAUGACAACUAAUAACAAGUUACAUAUUAAAUUAUAGAAGAAAAAUAUUAAGACUUGGAAAGGUGGCAGAAUUUAACAAAAGACUAGUUUACAGGUAAUUUGGGAAACAAGACAACUAAAGAAUAUAUGUAACUAAUAAUCUUUGAUAAGAUGGUUUGUUACUGAUUCCUCGAAUAUUAAAAUAGAGAAGGUCUCCGCAAAAUUUGAGUUCCAUGCUUUGAGACCCUUAUUAAAUGUUCUGUUGAAUAUUCAAUAAUUUGUCAUUACUUUAGGUAAAGUAUAGGAAUUAUUCGAGGCACUUCUUAUUUUAUAGUUAUGUCUUUCAUUGACUUGUGUGAAGAAAGUAUCAAACACAGAUGGUAGACGUCCAUUCUGAAGUUUUUUCAUAAAGACUGCAAUAUUAAGAAAGACAAGAUCACGCUGUUUAACAAUAUUUAGGUGUUUGAAAAUUGGACUAGAAUGCUCGUGAAAUAUAGAGAAAGUCAUCACUCGCAUUGUUCUCUUUUGUAAAAUGAACAAAGGCUGGUUAGAGGAAGAUUUAUAGGUGAUACCACAAGAAAUUAAACCAUAGGUUAAGAAGGGAUAUACCAAGGCAUAAUAUAGCUUAACCAGAAUUUCUAAAUUCACAUAAUAACGAAGUUUAGAAAGAAUUCCAAUAUUUUGCUUAAUCUUCUUAGCAAUAUGGCUUACUUGACUUUUCCAUGAUAAAUUAGAAUCUGUUAUAAUACGUAGACAUUUUACUGAGUACUCUUGGUUUAAGUUUAUGCCAUUUAAAGAGAGUGCCAGUGUGAUAUGAAAGCGUAAUUUUCGGUUUUGGGGGUGGAAAAUGACAAUUUUGACUUAUCAAUAUUAAGUGAAAGUUUGUUAGCACUCAACCAAGUAUGAAUAUUAAACUAUUUCGUUAUUGACAUUGGACCACAGUUUGUUGAGAUCCAAAAAUUUUGCUGCCAUGGCAAUGUGACGUAACGACUUCUCCUCUCUAUUUCAAGGAGGCAACAGACUGCUUGCGGACUGGCUAGCGCAGGUCUUUUCAGUUAGACAUCAAUGUCUGUGUGGGUUGGAGAGAUGGGUUGGUGAAAUAGGAUCUGAGCAACUUCUUGCCUAAGACACCUGCAGGGCCGGGUUGUUCAAAGCUCGGUUAGGAUAACUCAGGGUUAGUCCGAAAUUUGAAUUCAAAAACGAAAGCUUAAAACGCAAUAUCGGUUUAAUUAUUUUUGUCUACAACUUGAUGAUUGGACGCUCUUAAAAAAUAAGAGACAAAAAUUAACCAGGAAAAUACGUUUGAACAAAGAAAAGAAACACGGAGUAAAAUUUAACCCCGGGUUAGCGCUAAUCACCCUUCGAACAACUGGGCCCUGCAUGGUUAUUUAAUCAACAGCCAGGUAAGAGUAUCCAAUGGCUUAGUUGAGUCCAAUCUUACUUUCCGUCUGGCAUCUACUGCUUUCCUGUUUUCAAGGUGGAGGAAACUGAGAAGAACUACAUCAAGCUUGUAGGAGCUAAGCAGUUCAAGCCCGUCAAUUUGACUCCAAGCAAGUUACCGUCGAUGGCCAUUAAACCCCCAACCACCCUUUCUAAACUUACGGAAGGUAUCACCGAACUUGCAAAGAACUCUCUCAGGGAACAGGAACAUGAACGUGACAGGGAGUUUUGGAUCUUUGCCUCUCAGGUCGCCGAUCGGAUAUUCUUUAUUGUUUUUGCAGUAGUUUUGAUCUGUUCCACCACCACUAUCCUUUCAGAAGUUCCCGACCACUAUUCGGUAGAAUAGCCGGAAUACAGAAUAAUGCCAUUAAAAAGUAGAUUAUCUAGGCUAUACUAACAUAAAUUUCCGGGCUAACACAAUCAUGCCCCGCACAAUCGGAUGUAUUGAUAGCCUUCAAGUCUCAAGUAAACUAAUUUUAACAGAUGUAUGGUCAGUGAUUCAACCUUUGAGUUGGCGAUGAAUAUAAAUUGUUUCUAUUUGCAUGUACCAAUUGUAGAUGCUACUGACUUUUUAGUUUUUUUGGAAAUCGAAGUUUAAAGUUUCUUUAAAAUCUUUAAGAAAUUUAAAAAAACAAGGGGUAAUGACAAGUCGAUAGCUUAAAAAACUUAAUUGUUCCUCGCAAAUGUCAGUUUAGUUGCGGUUAUGAAAACUGGCAAUUUUUCAACUUUACUCCUUGAGAUUUAGUGUAAGAAGUUUCAUUGGGUAAUGCAAUGUAAGGUACAUUGAGCAUCCAAAAGGAAAAUCACCAAAAGCAGGAGCCCAUUACCUCUCAGAGAGGCUGUCACUGAUAUCAAAGUGUUAACCCCUGCUCUUGAGGACAGACCUGUAACCUUUAUUGUUUUCCAAGACUGAGAAGCAAACGAGGAUUUGUAACUUACCAAUACGAAGACGAGGUCAGGUUAUAAAGGUGUUUCAAUACAAUUUUUCUAAGUCCUGCACACCGACAUUUUUCGUUCGCCUUAUAUGUGUGGUUUUAUCCUUGUCCGAACGCUAUAAAAUUUUCACCCUUGGUUUGACAAAGAUUGAAGUUUGUCAAAAUGCAGUUUUGAGUAAAAUCGAUAUCACUAUGACAACAAUAAACAAAAAACUUUGAGACCCAUAAAAGCCGAAUUUUGCGUGGUCUAUACCUAGGCCUGCUACUGAAAAUCCGACACCAAGAACUUGCAGUGCGGUGUUACGCAAAUAACCUCCUUGAAAAGUAAUUUAUGUUCAAACAAAACGUAAUUACAUUGAAAACGCUAUAUUUUCAAUUCCUGUGAUAAAUUGUUUAAUAAAACAGUGUUCUAGAUAACCCAAAUUAAUUUUAGACUAGUACAUUUCAGUUUGAAUUUUCUUGCGCUUGACUUGUAUAAUGUUAAACGUUGACAAUUCUCGCUGAAAAGUACAAAUCAUGGAGGUAUGCCUGGUACACAUUAAUCUGUAAAAAUUAGCAUAACGUCAAAACACACAGUGAAUGUUGUAACGCAGAUUUAUGGCCGGUUGGUAGGCUAAGUUCGCCUUGAAAUUUCGAGGUGUUGCAGUGAAUCAAUCAGACAUUAUAUAUAUAUAUAUAUUGAUGUGAUGAGAUUUGAAAAGAAUUCUGUAGAGCCGUUCUCGAGAUAUACAGAAAAGCGCAUAAAAGUCAAAAUUUAGAAUAAAGUUGCACUUAGACAGACGGUGAGAAAACAGGUUAGUUUUCAGGAUCACAAGAAGGAACCAUAUACUAAAACUUCCAAACAGCGAAAUUGAUAUUAAGCAGCAUUGAUUAAUUUGUCCACUAGUUAUUUAGUACCUUUUUUUACUAAACAAUUUAUCACCUCAACGACUGUAUCGAUUCCGACCCGGAAAACCGAAAGAUAGUAAGAACUGUUUUAAAUAAUAUUUGAUCUAUAUAGCUACAUGUUAUUUGUAUUGCAUUUAAUUAAGCCACCGUCAUUAAUGUAAUUUUUAGUAGAUUUUAUUGUAAUGAAAGGGAGAUCUCCUUAGAAAAGCUGUAACAAGCUUGCAGAGAUCUUCCUGCUACUAGAUAUGUUUUGCAAUCUUAAAUUACUGCAAGGAAGAAAUGAGGUAGGGGCAAAAUAAGUAAAUAACAAAUAAAUAAAUUUAUUUACGUUUCAUUUUAAUUCAAACUUACAGAUUUUUUUACUUUUUACGGAGGUUAUUUGCUAAACACCGCACUGUAAGUUCCUUUUCGGAUUUUCAAUAGCAAGUCUAGCUCGCACAACGUUCGGCUUUUAUCGAUUUCAAAGUUGUUUGUUUGUUGUUGUCAUAGUUAUAUCAAUUUCCCCUAAAACUACAUUUCGACAAAGUGCAAUCCAGGGUCAGUCAGUAGUAAAAAUUCGCCAUGAAGGCGAUUGAAAAAUAUCGGUAUUGAAACACUCUUACAAAUAGUAAUCCCGUUCGCUAUUAUGCACCCUUACCAUGAAAUCUAAAACAUAUGGAGGACGCGCGUUUUCCGCUACAGCCCGCCAGUUAUGAAACACUAUCCCAGAAUAUGUCAAAAAUACAGACAGUGUUGCUACGUUUAAAACAAAACUUAAAACAUUUUUAUUCAGGAAAUAUUUCUAUUGAUUUUUAUGCUUAACCUUUUUUUUUUAGUAUUUUAAAGUUUGCAAUACUUGAUGUAUAAUAUGUCUCAUAGGCUAGAGAUUUUUCUUAAUUUUCUCUUUUUCUUAUCAUAAUGUAAAGCGCAUUGGGGACAGAAAUGCGCUUUAUAAGCACUUAUAUUAUUAUUAUUAUUAUCAUUACUAUUAUUAUUAUUAUUAUUAUUAUUAUUAUUAUUAUUAUGAAAUAUAUAAUUUAUAGAAAUAUCAGUAAAAAACUACUGCAGCCAAGAGCCCUUUCCAGGAACUGGAAGCUGAUAGUAAGAACGGAGAUAAAACGGCUAAUAGUCUGUGUACAUAUAACUAGUGACUGACCUGUAUCCAUAUCUCUUAGUCUUUCUUGAAAGAGGGAAUUAAAGAAGUACAUUGAAAAAAUUAAAAAUGCCGAUAAACAACUGCUUGUGUUUGUGUAUCUAUAACAACACUUUCCAUUAACGAAAAUCAUUAAGGGCGUGAACAAGCACUGUUAUAGGGAUAAGCAUAAACCAUGUACUGUUUACUGAUUUAUGUUGGUACCCCCCGACUAAAAGACUUUUUAAUAUAAUCUUAAAAAAUGCCCCAUUUUGAGAUGAAAUAUUAAAAAAGAGAACAACAACAACAACAAGUGACUAAAUUGUGGAGGGUUCAUAGAGGUACUCUAUGCAGCCGCAUAAGUCCAGCCAUGAUUGUUACCUUGCCCACUCAGACCAAUGAGGGCACAAGUCAGCUACAACAUGACACAAGGGCCUAUGUCCCCUCGUCUUUUCGAAUAAUAUCAUGGGUUCUUUAGCUUCUCCUUCCAACUGGUGUCGAAGAGUGAACGAUACAAGGCUAAUGGUUUAUAACCGCCGAAUGACGCGAUCACAUGAACUAAGAAAGGAUUUUCAUGAGGCGAGGAGCGGUUGAGCACACUAACCUAUCGGUCGAUCAAUACUUUGUCAAAAACAUUAAACCGAAAAGUUAUAGUUGAGAAGGAUGAUGCUUAGUCUGACACUUGCUUCAAUCUGACACAGCGGAUGCAUUUCGGUGAGUAUGGGCUGCCGUCUUUUGUUAGCAUAAUCGAACCUCUGCGAUUAAAACAUUUCAGAAGGGCAGUUAUAGAAUAAUUAGUCUGUAAAGCUAACAAAUACGUAACCAUAACCGCAGUGAUUCUUAUCGUGCUGUAGAAAAUAAGAGAGAAAGCAAGGAACUGCAGUCAUUUUUUUGGUUCGGUGAUUCUGCUGUCGUGUAAAUGAAGUAGUGUCAAUUACUUCAUCAUACAAAUUAAACCUUAAGUUGAUAAUUUCAAUCCAGUAAUGACUGGUUCUUAUCUUUUCGGGACGAGUUUCUUUGCAAAAAACGAUAAAAAAAUUAUUCAUUGCCAGAUGUAAAGAACGUAAACGGUUUUUUCGGUCAGUUCAUUUACCGGUGACCACCUUGUAAUACCAAUCAAAACACAACCUGCACAAAGUAAUUUAGGUUUGGGUGGCUCGAUAACCUUGCUUGUCUUACUGUCCUCACACCGGAAUUUUAAGCCUUGUUUUCUCGAACUAUUUUUUAGUGAAUUGUAAGUUUGACUUAACAGGGCAGCCGUUAAUACAUUUCUAGUCCUUCAGACUCUCUGGUAAACUUUGCCUUCCUUCUGGCAAUUGUACGUUAGACCCAGAACGAUGUUCCUGUUUUGGAUUUUGCUGAUUACACGCUUGAUUCCUACCACAGCGGGUAAGAUUUCAGGUAAGAUUUCUGUUAAGUUCGCGAUUUUUAAUUGACUCGAAUAUCAUUGCAAGCAGAUGUGGGCUGAAUGGUUGGAUGAAUAGAAAUAAAACGAAACAAAUCAGAACUAAAUUACUACUCAAGACUGAAAGAAACUAAAGAGCAGUGAUUAACGCCGUAAAAAAGCAAUUUAUACUGAGAUGCUUGACCGCGUUUAAAUGUCGGUAAUUUCGUGUUAGCCAAUGGGGCUAUAUGGCUGUAAACCUGCGGCUUUGUAACCGUGAAAUAGCAAAAAACCUCAGAAGUGAUAAACAUUAAGAAAUGUAAACUAAAAUAAAUAAAUAAAUAAAUGAGACUAAGCUAAACGGUCAAGAGUUUGUGAGCAGGUUUUAUAAUUAUAAACUGAGAGGAUUAUACAUUGCUUCACUUUAAACUAGCUGUUAUUCGCUAACCGUAAGCGAAUCUUUUGUUACUAUUGACUGUAAACAUUAUGAAGCGAGCAUAUAACAUGCCAGAGGCUUAGUUACCUGCCCUUUUUGUUUAAAGCUGUUUAUUCAGCUUAGUGACCACUGCCACCAGUUUAAUAAUCAGAUGCGGAUUAUCCAGUCCGAAAAUUCUUGGAUCCAGAAUGAAAUUUGAUUAUGAUUGUCUAAGCCUUAUUUCAAUACCGUUUAUAAAGCUGACCUCGCGCACAGCUAAAAAUGUCUACAAGGUGAUUAUAUGGUCUGGUAUAUAAGAAUUAAUGAUUCCUGCAACGAUUUCCGUUUCAGAUGUGCACCAAAAAAGUGUAGUUCCUAUCACAGUAGGUGAGCUAAAGGAAGGAGAAACGCAAACUAUCAACACAGCCCCAAGUAAGCCUGAUUAAACAUGUGUUUUGUUGUUGCUGCUCAGGUUCUCUUCAUACGGCACUGGAAGAAUUUUCGCCCGGCUGAAUAUUUGUGCGUUUGGACGUUCCGCUUACACGGAACCACCUUAGCCGUACGAAAAUUUUUAGCUGGUGAGGGUCAAAGACGUGUUUGCCUGGCUGCAUGGUAACGCGCUAGAGGACGCCAUUUUGGAUUCGUUAAACUAGUGUACUGCGCACGGACAGAUGGUAAAACCACUGACCAAAAUAAAAAUUCAGCCUUGUUUGUGAGCUCCGUAUGAACACAGCGAAAAUAUUGAACUGUUCCGUGUACGCAGUGUUUAGUCAAAUUUUUCAGUUGGUCGUCCCGUGACAUGUGAACGACCCGUGCCGAUACAGCAGCUUCCAAGUGAAUUGAGCUAUCGCACAUGAGCCAUUUUUGGCGACUCGUUCAAGAAAAUUACUCUUAAGGUUCUAAUCUCAUGCGUAGGAUUAAAAAGGAGACUCCUGAGGAAAGUUUCCGAGAAGUUUCUAAUAUCUCAUCUCAUUGCAGUUACCAUCCACAUUCCCCUUCCCAAAAGUCAUACCAAUCACGAUCCAUCAGAAGCCCCAGCUGCCAUCGCGCACGAGGCACCUGAGGGAACAUAUUUACUUCCAGUGACUGAGCAUAAAGACUCUCCGCCAGCCAUCAACUUGGCAGUUAAUCUUCGACUUCUUUUGGAAAAAGGUUAGUUCAAACAACAACAUACAAAAAUAAUUUUCAGUUGAUAUAGCUAGUCUUCAGUUUUGAGUUUUCAGUUUUGAGAUACAGAACAGUGAAAGCGUUUCAGUUAUAAAGUAAUUUCGCGUUGUUUUGAAAUUUAUCGGCAUAAAUUAUAACGCAAUCAAUGUCAAAUGUGGGGGCGAAUUCUUGUAGAAUUGAAUUAUAAAGACCUUGUCUAGGUUCUCUGAGAAAGGAAGAGAGGACUGAAUUGGACUCUUGUGUUUACGCCUUUUAUAAACUGCCACAAAUCAGGAAAUUUAACUUCAUAUUCGUACAGUGAUAGCAAAGAAGUGAGCACUUGUAAUUGUUAUGGUCACUAAAACAUGAAUUUGUUUUGACGUUCAGAUUCUUGUCCCCUUCUCACUGCUUAAACGUUUCAUUAGGGAACUUUAGCAAAGACGAUGACAGCGACAACGAAAACUUCGAAAAAGUAAUGAACCAAACAAAAACUUUUAACGCUAUAAAUAAGAUUGCCAAUAGGCGCAGUAUUUUUGUCAAUGCUUUCAAAUCUCAGUAAGAAGUGCGUUGAAAACAGACAAAGUAACUCAAGAUGCUUUUAAACAGUCAGGUGUCAGUAAACACUCGCACAGCUGAAUUAACUUUCAGCCUGAAGGCGACUGACGUAACAAAGAUUCUUCACCAACCAUCGAUCAGUUUGAAUUAUAGGGAAGCUGUCGAGAACUUGUAAAUGUCAAAAAAGUAAUUUGUUCCCAUAAGGGCCAGGUAAAUAAAUCUGUUCUUAAACAAACGCAGUAUCUAACAAUAAACUGCUUUCCUAUCCAGCGCAAGGCGUAAAUAGUCAUUUUUUUGAAUUGUGAACCGUGUUUUAGAGUUUUACAGUUCUAGGGGUACUGAAUCGUAUAUCCUUGCUGGUUUUUAUCUUUAAGAGUGGCCACGUUUGCAAUCUGUCUAAGUAGCGACCGAAUGCACUAAAUCCAGCCUCAGCGUGUUCUUAUUUGCACAACUUAAAUGAAACACGAAUAAACCCUACAAGAGUUGUGAUUUUACCCUGACAUUUUUCGGAGAAAACCUUCAGCUUAUAUCAUUUGAGUUAGAUUUUCCCAAUAAAUUGUUUCAGUCAGUGUUUCUUUAGGGAAGUUAGUGGGUAUUUCUCGCCGCGAAUAAUCGUAUGUGUCGUACUUGCUUUCUAGUUCUUGUGUUCAUUUAUUUACUUCUAAGUAAGGAUUUGAGUCUUUCUUGAUCCUAAUCCAUAAUUUCGACCCAACCGAAGACAAGUGGGAGCCAGUGUCUCAAAUGCUGGAGGGAGAAUAAAAGAAUAAUACUAAACAACCAAAAAGAAAGGUAAAAAAAAAUAAAUUGGAUUUCUUUAGAAAAGAAGCCUGCUGACCAAUCAGAAGCCGUUACAGUCGUUACUGAACCAACAUCCAGCCCUGUGGUAAAACCGAAUGCUGGUUCAGAGUAUGAAGCACACGAGGUAAAGAUUCUACCGCCAGAUUCCAAAGCUAACGCCGUACCUAGUCACGAAGAGCGGCCAUCACUCUCGGCUCUUAAUGAUUUACCCAGCGGGGUUGUUCAAGGAGGCGUGUCUACAGCAAGUUCCCCAUCGCAGGUCAAAAAUCCUACUGGGCCAGCGGUACUUCAACAGUCACUGAGGAAAUUUGCCCCUUCCUUUCUUCUUGUUCCCAAACGACGCGUCUUGCACAAUGUACGAUCAAACGUAAAGGGAAUCGUUCCUGGUAAUUUUUAGUUAUUAUCAUUCUAUAAAACUAAAGUAAAAAUUUAGUCAAUUGGUUAACAAUUGAUCAUCUAGUAUAGUCAACUUAACUAUUUAGCAAGUAAAACAAAGCUUUGAAUUCAUUUCAUGUAUCAUUGCCUUGGGUAAACCUGUCUCACCCCCGAAGUCAGACUUAUCCGCUGUUGGGUCUGGAUCAUUAUGUAACUAAGGGAUUUUAACACUGCUCUUAUACAUUUUCGUCAAUUCUGCUCUGUGGUUUUGGCAUGAAAGAGCUCUAACAGAUAUCAGAUUGGCUGAAAUAAAUCUGUUUUAUACAGGGAUAUUACUGGGCGUAACAAAUAACCUUCCUUUGAGGUGGAAUUUCAUAAGAAUCGCAGUGCACGUGAAAUACAUUCACGUCACGGACGGGGCAUUUUAUUAUAUUGCAAUAUUGGGCUAACUGGCGAAGACAAGUUCACAUAUGUAUAGAGUGUUUUCACAUGACGUCACGGCGGCCAUAUUGGUGUCCCAAAACAAUGAAACGGCGGCCAUGUUGGUGUCCCAAACCAAUUCUCUGAGUUCAACUCUUUUCUCAUGCAAACGCUUUCUGUUUUUCCAAUAAAUUUGCAUAGAUACUGGCCACGUGAGUGAAAACACUCUAUAAAACAAAAUCUCCAGCAACAUUAUUCCCCUUUCUAAUUCAUAUAUCUUUAAAUAAACGCUAGGAACACCAAUGGGUAGAUUCAGAGAACAAAUGCUUCAUGCACAUAACUUAAAGCGCCUUCUACAUGGGGUACCACCCUUAACUGCAGACCAAAGACUCAACCGAGAGGCUCAAAUGUUUGCCCUCAAGUUGGCACAGACCGGAAACAUAACGCAUUCUCUUUUAAACGAAAGGCCAGGUGAAGGAGAAAACAUCGCUCUUCGCUGCUCUUUGACAGGUAUAUUCUGACGUAUUUUUUGUAUAACUCUGCGUUGCAAAUAAAUAAAUGAAUAAAUAAAUAAAGAUGUUUAAUCAUCACAUUCUAUCAUUUGUGUUUACAAAAUACAGAAAAUUACAAAAAACCUCAUUGGGACUGGAGUAUAAUUCAAUCAUAGUUACUACAAUAAUUAAGCUAACCUGAAAGCGAAUCGUAAACCAAGAAUAACAUGUACAUUUAACUUUUAAAAGAUAUUGCGUUGGCCAUUAGGAUAGUACUAGUAAAGCAAAAAGCUUCGCCUGACAGGUUUACGUUUAAAAGACGUCCAAGGGUUAGAAUUUCUAUGAGAAUUGUUCCCCGGGGUACACCGGCAUUGUCUGACGGCCAAUCUGAAAACACCUCUCAAGUUUUAACACGUUGCACCCCGUAUUUUAAGCGAUCAAAACGUACAGUGGCUCAUAAUCGUUGUAGGCACUUUUAUUGUAACAAGCUUUCAGGAUACAACAUCAAGAUUCAGUGGUCUCAACUCCCUUAACUAUUAAUAGUAAAUGACGGAUGAAAAUUAGUUAUAAUUUUAACUGUAAAGUUUCCUCGGGAGAAGACCCAAACAUGACAGUUAAAACGAUUUAAUAGAUCACAACUUGAGCAUUGGGGGCGUCCUAUUAGUACAUGCGUACUUAAGGUGGGUUUUCACCAAGCCUGAGAUCCAAGAGGGCGUCUUCCCAGUCCCCAUAUGGAUAAAAAACGAAAGAAAAAAAAGGCAGAAAAAGAAAAGAAAAGAAAGAUCAGCAAAUAUUCAACUACCUUGAAGAAACAGUUUGGUCAUGCAAUGAAGGCUUAAUUAUUACAUGGCCAAAACAAUAUUUUCUUGUGGGACAAAGCGGGAAAGAUAUCCCCAUCUUGCAAGCCUGGUCGGAUAGCCAAUUAACACACAAAAACACAAGAUUUACUUCUAGGCAGAAGUAGAUUAUUAUUAUUAUUUUAGUAGAUUAUUUUACGAUGGUUAUAAAAUAAUAUACUUUCAAGCCGUUUCCUGGUGAUUAACUUAAACACUACUUAACGAUAUUUUCUUUUCUUUAUGACAGGAUUUCCUUUAACGGGACUUCGAGCAACAAAUCUCUGGUAUGAUGAACGUAAAAAAUUCAACUGGAAUAUACAAUCAUUAACGCCAAAAACACAGAGAUUUACACAGAUGAUUUGGAAAAACACGUCAAAAGCUGGAUUUGGUAGAGCUCGUUUUAUAAAUAAAGGUGCGUGACUUGUUUAUUUUAUUAUAAUAAUAACCUUUAUUUUAAGAGGGUGACACCUAUUACUAUGAAGCAUUCUCCCUAGUGGCAUGGCCCUCUAAAAACAAAAUUGAUGAUAAUAAAUUACAACAAUCACGAUAAAAAGCCUAUUUACAAAUAGUAAUUAUGAUAUAAAACAUCUUAAGAAUUCCAGUUUUCUCCCUCCCUAGUGGCCCUCUAAAAAAAAAAUUCAUAACAAUAAAAUUACAUUAAUCAUGAUAAAAAGCCUAUUUACAAGGUUAAUCAUUCAAGUAUAUUUUAUUAUUUAUUAAUAUUGUAGUAACUUGCUUCCUAGAUCUUCCGCGUAGAUUAUGUUUUUCUCAAAAACGUUUGGCCAUUUCCUUGCCUAUGCAAUAGAUGUUUGGUCUGAGCUUCAUUGUCACUAGAGAAUUUUCUUCAAAGGGCCGCUUUGAUCCAGGAAACCUAAUUUGAAAUGGAUACUUACGGACUUAAGCGAUUUAUCACUGUAGACACAAUUUGAGACAAAAAGGGAACAACCCCUGGGCACAAGCCCAAGAAAACAGCCGGCAUUUGGCGACGCUAUAACUGGUUUCCCCGCCAAAUCAAGUCUGAGAAAGGAGCGCAGAAAUUUCAUACUGAUGACGCGUCACUACCCAGAUCUGGGUAGUGCUUCUGACUGGCUGAAUGAAAUUUCCCACGCGGCACGACCAAUCAGAAGCCCUACCAAGAUCUGGGUAGUGACGCGUCAUCAGUAUGGAAUUUCUGCGCUCGUUUCUCAGACGUCAUUUGGCGGGGAAACCAUUGGUAGCGUCGCCAAAUGUCGGCUGUUUUCUCAGGCUACUGGGCAUUUACUCUCAAGGGGCUUUUGAAUUGCCUAUUUCCCGACCAAUCAGAAGAGUGGAUUUCAAAAUAAAAAUACUUCUGGAACUCAGGUUCGGAAAGUUCCCCCUGGGCUCUCGCUUUUUUCAUCUAUACUUUGCCUGCGAUGAUUUUGCCUUUGAAAUUCCGUCCCGAUGACUACCAAAUUAAAUUGCAACACUGUUUUUAUAGACAGUGUGUUCUACAGAUUGCGCCCUUAAAACAUUUUUAAGUUUCCAGUUAGUUUAAUCCUGAAAACGGUUUUAUAACCACAAGCAGUUGCUAUAUCAGUAUUGGCCCCAGUGAUUCAUAUUUAGCACAUAGCAAGUAUCGCGUUUUAUUCAAGGUUGUUUUAAAAUUGUUGAAAAAAGUUUUUGGCCAUAAAUCUCCCUCUGACUAACUAUUAAUUUGAACUUGACAGCUGGAAAAAUUUGCUUCGUAGCGGUUGCCCGUUACGAGCCCGCGGGAAAUGAGGCUGGAAUGCUAAUGGACAAUGUCUUCAGACCCGUUCCCCGACGUCGCAGAUCGUAG